AUGGAGCAACGAUCAAACACCCGACCACGGGAAGAGAAAACACCAACCAGAACUUCCGCCGAAACAUCAACAACAGAUGCCACAGGAUCGAAAGAUGAAGCUCUAGCGCUGGCCGGCGAAACGGCACGCGCAAUAGAUCCCGCUGUCGAACGCCGUGUCCUAAGAAAGAUCGACAUUUUUCUCAUGCCAGCAAUGGUCAUCGGCUAUGGACUCGUCUACUACGACAAAGCUAUCCUGGGCAGUGCGGCGCUGUUUGGCAUGACAGCAGAUCUACAUCUCACCGUUGUUGAUCGCACGACUACCCCACCGACAACCAGUACAGACCGCUUGAGCUGGGCAACUUCACUGUUCUAUUUUGGAAUGCUUGCUGGCCUAUACCCGAUGAGUUUCGCAUUACAGAAGUUCAACAUCGGUAGGAUUCUAGGUCCCAUCGUGGUGCUUUGGGGUGGCAUCUGUAUGUUGACUGCCACCGUGCAAGAUUGGCGCGGUUUGUUUGUGCAAAGAUUCGCUCUAGGUUUUGUGGAAAGCAUCAUCCCUACGGGCUUCUCGUGCAUAGUAUCCAGCUUCUACACCCAACGCGAGCAGACUUUCCGACAGGCCUGGUGGUUUUCUGGCACAGGCCUCUUCACGAUCAUUGGAAGCGCGUUGAACUAUGGCUUCGGCCAGAUUACUGGAGGUGAUUUAAGGCGUUGGCAGUAUAUCUAUCUACUUGCUGGUGCGCUGACUAUCGUUUUUGGUGGUUGGUGUUUCUUGGUCCCAAAUUCGCCGGUCAGUGCUUGGUUCUUGACUGCUGAAGAACGCAUUGUUGCUGUCGAAAGGCUUCGCAAAGGCCAGACUGGCGUGAGAUGCACAGAGAUCAAGAUGUAUCAGAUCAGGGAAGCUCUGCUAGAUGUCAAGGUGUACCUCGUCUUCAUCAUGAUGGGUUGUGCAUAUACGGUCAAUGGUGCAGUGGCUGGCUUUGGACCAUUGAUCGUCAGCACUUUUGGCUGGAACACUCUUCAGUCCAUCUUGCUCCAAUUCCCUGUCGGCGGUAUCAGUUGGUUGGGCAUCUUACUUGCCGGCUUCGUUCCACUCUACGUACGAAACGUCAGAGUCCUUAUCCUGAUCAUCUGUUGUCUCCCUGUCUUGAUCGGCUGCGCUCUCAUCUGGAAGUCAGACUGGACACAUCACGCCGCUGCCCCAGUGGUAGGCUACUCUAUCAUCGGAUUUNUUGGUCCUGUCGUGUCGCUCAUCAUCGCUUUGGGCAUGUCCAAUGUGGCAGGCGCGACCAAGAAGAGUUUCAUGUCUGCUGCCAUCUUUGUUGCUUAUUGUGUUGGUAAUAUCGUUGGUCCGCAACUCAUCAAGAGUGAGACUCGCCGCAAACAUUACCCUGAACUCUGGACUGGAUUGAUCAUCUUUUACUGCAUCACUAUCGCCGCUGCUUUGGUCUUGUACUAUGUUAUGUGGCGCGAGAACAAGCGAAGAGAUGAGCUCAAUCUCAGCGAAGAAGACGCUGAUCGACUUGCGUUCAAAGACCUCACCGAUAAAGAGAACCUUCAUUUCCGAUAUGUAUUGUGA